AUGAGUCAUAGCACCAGUAACAAAGAUUAUAAAUUAUCCUACUCUGUAGGAGUUGCUGAAGAUGUUAACAAAAUUUAUAGACCUACAAUGGAAGAUGUUCACACAUAUGUUGAAAAUUUUGUUGAAAGAUUAGACUGGGGAUACUUUGCAAUAUUUGAUGGACAUGCAGGUAAACAAGCUGCUAAAUGGUGUGGACAAAAUUUGCAUUCAAUUGUGGAGAAGAAAUUAAUUGAAGAUGAAAAUGAGGAUGUUCGAGAUAUAUUGAAUGAAAGUUUCUUAGAAGCUGAUGAAAAUAUUGUUAAAACAGUGGAAGGUUCAAGUGGUUGUACAGCAGCUGUGGCUAUAUUGAGAUGGGAACUACCCGAAAAUAAAACUGCUAGUGAAUUGACAGAUUUAAGUCAGCAUAAAAGAAUGUUAUAUACAGCAAACGUUGGUGAUACAAGAAUCGUGUUAUUUAGAAAUAAUAAAGCUAUACGAUUGACAUAUGACCAUAAAGCUUCAGAUAAACAUGAGAUCAAUAGGAUUGAGAAAAGUGGUGGAUUAAUAAUGAAAUCUAGAGUAAAUGGGAUGUUGGCAGUGACGAGAUCUUUGGGUGAUCAAUUCUUCAAAGAUUUAGUUAUUGGAAGUCCAUAUACAACAAGUGUUGAACUAAAUAAAGAUACAGAUAAGUUUUUGAUCAUUGCAUGUGAUGGGUUAUGGGAUGUGAUUUCAGAUCAACAAGCUUGUGAAUUGAUUAGAGAUAUAGAAGAUUCUACACUAGCUGCUAAAAAAUUAGUGGAACAUGCAUUAAAUAAAUUGACAACUGAUAACAUUACAGUUAUGGUUAUUUCGUUAAGAUGA